AAAGAACCUAGCGUGAUGGCCAAGGCCAAGGCGCCGCAGCCGCCAUGGGUGGUCCAGUUCAACGGCACGAGCAAACCCGUCCUCGUCGCGCCCUUCGACGGAUGCCGCCGCUGCGACGAGACGCCGGUCAUGCCGGCGCUCGAAGGGAAACGAUGCCUCGGCCUCGACGGAGACUGGUCGCUCAUGCUCGACGAGGUCACCAACGGGUGCUCCCUCGUCAACUUCGCUAAUACCUCGCCGUCGACGCCCACGAUAGUCGCUCUCCCGCCUUUGCCGGAGGACGUGCCCGCUUUAUACUUAUGGUUCGGCUGCGCGCUCUCCGCGCAAACCCCGCCCGAUUGCACCGUUUUUUUGGAUUUCGUCAGGGACAAGUCCCUUCUCUACUGCCGCCCUGGUGAUCCCGAGUGGUCCCGCCUCCCUGUGGAGCUCGCCGAGGUGAACGACAAUUUCGACGGCCCCAUAACCGCUGGCUACGAGGGGAAGGUGUAUGCGACAACCAUGGCGUCCCUGGUGGCCAUCGACGCAUCCGCCCCGAUACCAUCAGUCAUAAGGACGGACAUGAGACCCCCGCCACGGUGCCCCGUGCACGCCGGUUACAAGUGCUACCCGGUGCCGUGUCCUGGCGGCGAGCUCUUUUUGGUGCGGUGCUGCAUCUUUGGCGACCCGGACGUGGUGGAUCUCAAGGUUUUCCUAUGGAAUCAGGAGGAUAAUGCGUGGGGAACAGUCCAAACCAUCGGGGAUAGAACAUUUUUUGUGGGCAGGUGCACUUUCGCUGUUGGGGCGGUUGAAGCAGGAACCCAACCCAACUGCAUCCAUGUGCUACGUAAAGUUUGCGAUGAAUUUGUUAUCUACACCGUGUCUCUGGAUGAUAUGACCAUCGGGCUCCAUAUAGUUGAGGGAUGUGAUUGUGAUGAUGAUGAUGAGGACCAUGUAUUCUGGACUCUUCCCACGAGCUUCGGAUUGAAAGUUGUACAAGCCAUCGAUACUAUUGACGAUGUCUCCGAUGAGGUGAUACAAAGAACAAUUGAACAUUGUUUGGGAGAGCAAGAAAAGGAGGACAUGAUGAUGCUUAACACGACCUCUCGAGAGGAGAGACAGUGGUGUGACCUCCAUACCGACUUGUUGCGGCUACUAGUAUCCAAGAUUUCAUUCAUCGAUUUCCUACAUCUGAAAGCUGUCUGCAAGCGGUGGAACUCCAUUGAAAGCCCGAUACACCAUGCAAAAGGGUUGCCAUUGCUCAUGACACCCCGCCUAGCAGGAAGGACAAAAGAUGAUAUUCUCGAGGUCUUCGAUCCGAUGAGCGAGAAGAAGUACAACAUCAGGGUAAACAUCCCUACUUCAUGUCUCCAAUCACAAGGUUCGCAGUUACUGCAUUUCACAAAGAAUGGCUGGGUCGUCGUGUCAAGAGGGGGUGACCAAAUGUACUUCCUAGUGAAUCCGUUCAAGAAUUACCCAGAUGGCGGCCAUGUGAUUGCUCUUCCAGUACUAGAUAUCAUUGGCCUCAAAGGAUUAUCGUUCUCUUCCAUGCCGGGUUCUCCGGACUUUGUGGUCCUCGCCGUGGGAGCCACGCCAGACUACAAAGUUGUCUUUAUUCAAACAUGGCGAAUAGGAGACAAAGAGUGGAAGGAAGAAAUCUUACGAAAUGUUGAUGUGCCGUUCUUCAUGGCAUCUCAUAGCCCCGUCUUCCUUGACGACAUCGUUUAUUUCCUAGACAUGAAUGGCAGGCUCGGAGUCGUGGACUUGAACGUGGAAAAGAUGGAGUGGAAGGUCCUUGACAAGCCAGAUCAACCGAUACGUGGAAGUGACUAUGUGUAUACAAUUGAGGAGUUGAACUAUAGCUAUCUAGCGGAGUGGAAAGGUGACCUAGUCGCCAUUAUCCGAGAAAACGGCAAUUUUGGGUUCAUCAGAGUACUUAAGCUUGAUUGGUCUAGGAUGGUUUGGAUGGAUUUGGAAGAGUUGGAGGAUGCUGCCGUGUUUCGGGAUAGAAGCAAUGCUCUAAUUGCAAGGCCAGCUUGCGGAAGAGAUUUAUGCAACAAGGUGUACUUUCCGAGCUGUACUAAGACUGACGAUGGUGGGCAGGCCUACUACUGCUUAAAAGAGCAAGAUUACUACCCUUUCUUUUGUGCCAAUGAGCCGAUGAAUGCCAUAUGGUUCGAGCCAAACUUGAAGGACGUACUUUAGGUGCCCCGAUUAGACCAUGAAUCCCAUAUGCUGAAGAGUUCUCCUUUUUUUUCUUUUUUUUUGAGGGGUGCUGAAGAGUUCUCCUUUGUUAUCUGCAACAAAAAGGGGGAACAAAACUUUUGAGCAUUGUCCAUAUUUUUAUGUGAUGUAAAUUUUUAAACUAGGCUAUCACCUAUUUCCGUUAAUCUAGAUCAACAGUGCAUUUUUUAUUUUAUACUUUCUGGUGGUUCAAUACCAAUGGUGUCAAACAUAUAAUUUAUCCUUAUGCACAUGGCA